UAUUUGAAAUUAUAUUGAUAUUGUAUAAGCUUUAAUGUUAAUUUUAUAAAUUUUAUUUGAGCUACUUUUUUUUAUGUAAAAUAUGUUAAGGGGCUCGCCUCGGGCCCCCGAAAUCUAUGGGCCGGCCCUGGGUAUGCGCCACGUGUUUCGAAAGGGUUGCGCAAGAAGUGGGGGAGUAGGAGAAGGGAGGGAGAAAGAAAUGGCAUCGUUACUCGAAUACCAUUCGUGGCAGUGGCCGCAAAUACCGAGUAUCAGCGAGUGCCGGUGUGUCGAGCAGCGGCGUAUACGUAUGGAGUAGUAAGGACGCUCAGUUUUGAAAAGGCUCGUUCGCGCAAUCAUGGACGAUCGCCGAAACAGCCGGGAGGUAGCCACCAUAUUGUUUCUGUGCCUACUGUGGUACGGAAUAUCGAGCAGCAGCAACGUGGUAGGGAAAAUGUUGCUCUCGGAGUUUCCCUAUCCGAUGACAGUAACGAUGGUCCAGUUAACCUCCAUCACCAUCUACUCCGGACCGUUUUUCAAUUUAUGGGGUGUACGAAAGUACGCCUCGAAUAUUCCAUGGGGAUAUUAUUUGAGGUUGAUCGUGCCACUCGCCCUGGGCAAAUUUUUGGCAAAUGUAUUCAGCCACGUCAGCAUUUGGAAAGUGCCUGUCUCCUAUGCUCAUACUGUGAAGGCUACAAUGCCCUUCUUUACGGUGCUGCUGUCAAGAAUCAUACUAAGGGAAAAGCAGACCUGGAAGGUGUACCUUAGCUUGGUUCCGAUCGUUGUAGGCGUGGCUGUAGCCACACUGACGGAGCUCAGUUUCAACAUGAUCGGUUUGCUGAGUGCCUUAGCAUCCACCAUGGCAUUCUCCUUGCAAAACAUUUAUUCCAAGAAGGUCCUACGCGACACUGGAAUACAUCACCUAAGGCUGUUACAUAUUCUGGGUCGUUUAGCAUUGAUUCUCUUUCUUCCUAUAUGGCUAAUGUACGACUUAAGACGAUUGAUAUACGACCCAACUACCCAUGGGUCAGCGUAUUUAAGUUCUAACAUAAUAGGAUUGUUAUUUCUGGACGGUGUAUUGAACUGGUUUCAAAAUAUCAUCGCCUUCUCGGUACUGUCCAUUGUUACACCUUUGACAUACGCGGUAGCAAGUGCUAGCAAGCGUAUAUUUGUAAUUGCAGUGACUUUGCUAGUGCUCGGUAAUCCUGUGACAUGGUUGAAUGUAUUCGGAAUGACACUGGCCAUCAUCGGUGUAUUGUACUACAACAAAGCCAAGUACGAUCAGAGAUUGGAGAAAGAGAGUGAAACAGCACUUCCAAAGUAUUACGAUAAGAAUCGUAACGGCGACAGUAGUAGUUCCUUCAUGAUAAAUGGAUGGACUGGAAAGAAGCAACAAUUGUAUGCAGUCUAGUCUGAAAUUGUUUUCCAUUUGACAAAUUCGUAUGAGUUCAUUUUCUUUGCCAGAAACACGACGUUCCAGUCGUGAGCGGUGUUAUCGGUUUUAUUUAUAUUUAAAGAAUAGACGAGGGGGGAGUAGCGCGGUAAUUAGAACACUCAUAUGAUGACAAAAGUAUUUAUACACUCUCACACACACACGCUCACACAUCUAUAUACUUUAUUGAUAAUUAAUUAUUCCUGCACAAAGAUGCGAUCCCCUUGGUACUUGAUUAUGGUAUUUUCAUUUUUUGAACUGAGAAUUUAUUUUAAAUUUACAAUCAGACGAAUAGACUUGCUGGCAAGAUAGGAUUGUACAAUUCGCAUGAUCGUUACCGUUUCAGGCUGGUCGCUGGGUCGAUCGCCGUUAAGAUCGAUAACAUUCCUGCGUCCAACGAAGCGAAUAGAUCAAAAUUCAGCUUACGAUCGUCGUGUGUAUGUAUUUAGAGACGUUCCGCAUACGAUAUCGAGCGGCAUUCACGCGUUAUCGAUUAUGUCUGAAAUAAUAACUUCUUUCCAAUCGUUAGCCCGCCGCUGUGGAAAAGAAUGUGUCACGUUGGAGUCGCGUGAAGCUCAGGUGUCACGGUUCUAUUUCACGAACUCCUUAGGUUGUUAUCAAAGGAACAUGAUAGUUUAAUCCUCCGUGAAGGUUUCAUUUUAAUAUUCUUUGGAUCUCUCACAGUGAUCAGCUGCGAACUCGAUGGAUCUCCAAAGAUAGCCCAUAAUAUUAUUAGGUGUACAAAUUAAUUCGGUGCCUUUUCUUUAUUUUAAUUAAAUAUAUAGUAAUUCCAAUUAUUGAAAUAAUCUUUAUUGUUGUUAUGUUGUCUUGACACUUUUCAAAUGUUCAUAUUAAAAAUAUUAGUUAAGAAGGCACCGAAUUAAUUUGUAUACUCCAUCAAUUACACCUUAUCGGUGUAAGAGUUAAUUUCGUUCAUGCAGGGUUAAACUUACGUCGUGUUAACAUUUUACAGGAGUGUGCUCGGUUGUGGUGUGUGUGGACUGUAUGUAGGAGAAGAUGUUUUAGCUAAAAGCAAUCUAUACAUUUAUUUUUAUAAAUAAAAUACAGGUGUGUACAAAAAUAUACCAGAUAUGUUCACCGGUCGACUCGACACCAA